AUGGUUGACGUUAUUUAUGCUGGUAGUUCUCCUCAUGAAAUUGAUGAGUGCAGGUUCGAUGUGUCAGUAAAUGAUUGUGUUUGGUAUUUGAGGGCUGAUACACCAGAUGAUAAACAACGAUGGGUUGACGUAUUGGAAUCCUUUAAGGGUGAAUCUGGAUAUGUAACUGGUUCUGAAAAUAGCUUACGACGACACGGAUCCACUGUCUCUUUGCAAUCAACAACUUUGAGUACAGCUUCUGGUAGUAGUUUUAAACGUGGUACGAGAAGUUUAUGUGAAAAACUUAAUGAAAUGGAAACUUUUCGUGAUAUACUUUGUAAUCAAAUUGAUUCGUUACAAAGAUACUUUGAUGCGUGUGCUGAAUCAAAUAAUUUGUCAAAUUUAACUCUUGGAAACGAAAUUCAAAGCAUCGACUUCAAGGGUGAAGCUAUAACGUUUCGAGCCACGACUGAAGGUGUUUUGAGUACAUUACAACAUUGUUUGGAUGUUAUUGGCCGAAGGGAAGAAUCUUGGAGGAAACGGCUGGAAAGAGAGAGCGAAAGACGAAAAAAAGCAGAAGAACUAUACAAAGCAGCACGAGAGCACUUAGACCAACUGAGAAUUGCUACACACCCAGGACCAGAUUAUGAGGAAGGUCCUCAUUCAGCAUUGCCAGAAGACGAAUUUUAUGAUGCAGUGGAAUCAAGUUUAGAUAAAAUUGAAGAGGAUCAUGAGAUGAGGGAUAGGAUCAGAAUAGGUAAAACAAUAGUCAAAUCAACAACUGGAAAUAAAAAUUCUCAAUCUACAUCAAAAGCCCAAGAUCACCGACUUUGGCCAGAGAUUGACCGCGUUUCACUAGAACAAUUGCAUUAUGCUCGUAUUGGAGUGGGUGAAGACACUAACGGAAGUAGCAGUUGGCAUCUUUUUGCUGAAGAUGGUGAUAUGAAGAUGUAUCGUCGAGAACAGGAAGUUGAUGGUAUGGUACUGGAUCCUCUGAAAGCUUGUCACAUUGUACGAGGGGUCACAGGACGAGAGAUGUGCAAGUACUUUUUCAGUCCUGAAUUUCGCUAUGAUUGGGAAACAACUCUUGAACAAAUGGUUGUAUUAGAAACAAUUGCUGAAGAUACCUUGGUAUUUCUUCAGACUCAUAAACGCAUAUGGCCUGCAUCACAACGAGAUGCUUUAUUUUGGUCUCACAUGGGCCAUGUUCCAGAUGAUAAAGAUAAUAGUGGCCAAGAUAUUUGGUUUGUUUGCAACCAUUCAACCGAUGAUUCAGCUUACUUGCAAACAAGCACUACAAAAUGUGUAAGGGUCUUCCUUACAGUUUCCUUAGUUUGCCAGACAUGCAUCUCUCCACCAAGUAAUGGAACUGAUAUGAGCAGAGAUAAUAUUACUUGCAAAAUUACUUAUUGCUCAGUCGUUAACCCCGGUGGUUGGGCACCUGCUUCUGUUUUAAGAGCUGUAUACAAACGUGAAUAUCCCAAGUUUCUUAAAAGAUUUACACAAUAUGUCAUAGACCAAUGCAAAAACAAACCUAUAUUAUUGUAACUUGUGUGUGUUCAUUUUUUAUACAAAUGGCGAUAAAUUUGCACUGUUCUAUUUAUUUUACAGCUUUUGUAUAUAAUCAACUUUUAUAUUCGUAUCGAAUAAAUA